GACGUACAUGGACGUAAGGGAUAUGAGGAUCGAGAUUCUUCCCUUUUCUGGCAAUGUCAAGCACCUCGGGCGCAAGCUCACCUUUGACGAGCCCAGCGACGCAGAGCUUGACAGCCGGAUAUCAACGGGCUGGAGAAAGUUUAUGGUGCGCAAGCAAGUGGCUGGUGGGCGGGUCAUCGGCGCCCUCUCUGAGCGCUGGGUUGGAGGCAGCCGCCCCACGAUCGCGGAGGUCACUUGCCGCCGCGCGUUCGAGGGCCCCGACGCCUCCGACGGUCUGGCGGCCGUCUUCCGCAAGCAGCACCUGGCGCAUUGCGGGCCGCCGUCGGGCUCUUGGCACCCCUCGCGACUGAGUGCCGCCAUGGCGCGGGCCCUGGACACGCAGUUCAGUCUGUGUCUGGUCUGCUUCGAGGCCGACCCGGACUUCCGGCGGCGCCGCCGCGUGCUGCUGGUCAAGGACGACGCCCAGAAGUGGAUCCGGUUCACUCCCGAUGGCGAGGUCGCCUAUGCCGACCUUUCGGCGUGCCGGGUCAUCGCGCCGCGGCGGGCGGGGCCGUUCCUGGCCCGCCACCUGGGCAACAUCUACGCCUUCGAUGCUGCGGCGCCGGAGGAUAUGCAGGCCUACCUGGUCAUCCUUGGGUUUGACGUCGUUGGAGUCGUUGGGCUGCCCGGGGGCACGCGGUUCGUGAGCGACUCGGCCUCGUCGCACGCAUCGGAGCAGGUCCCCCCGAGGGUGCUUGGCAACGACGAUGAGUUCUUGAGUCGUGGAGACGCGGCCUUGGUGAAGAUCGACGAUGUCUGGCUCCGUGCCGUCAGAGUGGCCGAGGGUCGGACAUUCAACUCAUGCCUGCCCCUCGCUCGCGGCGGCGCUGGUCGCGAUCCUCAAGUCGCGGGCGACGAGCGGGAUCCACGCGGCGGUCGCUGCAUCGAGAUCCGUGACUCGGUCAGGCGCAUGAAGGAGGCGGCCAUCCCUGGCUGGCCGUUGCAGGGCAGAAGGGCCGCCCGCCAGGCGAUCCUGGCGUUGCGCGACGGCGGCCAGGGCACCUGGGAGGGCCAUCGCGCGACCUGGAUUCGGAGGAGCGGGGUCACCGAGCGGAGCAAUGUGGCGCGGGAGCGUCGCGUGAUCUGCGCGGCGCUUCGCGCGGUGCAGCAGCGCCCGAAGCAGCUCGAGGCCGCCGUCCGCAAGAAUUCCCGCGCCCCCGACUUCGAGAGUCUCGACCUUAUCCUCGACGCGGCGGUCGACGACGCGGGCGGCACGGCGCUGCCAGAGUUCGAGAACCGGGUCGGGGGCCAG